CUCGUAGGCCAGCCCUCAACGCUGCUGUUACUGCUGUGCACCUGUUUUGCAUAGCAAUAGAACUUAGCACCAAGCUGGCGACGCUUUCAGUCUCCAGCUCCAGGCCCACCCACAACGCAAUAGAUCAUACCGCAAGCAGACAGCUUAAAUGGGUUGCAGCGCUUCAGUUGAUGCAAAAGUGCGUGCUCCUGGAUCAGAAGCUAUCUGUAAACCCGCCAAGCAAUCCAACGAGGGCUCGGCGCAUAGUGUUGGCUCCAGCAGAAGUGGGGACGCUGUCGUCAUAAUUACACCAAUCGCACAAUCGAACUCGCCCAGGUCUUCGGCGGUCGGCUUGAGUCGGGAAGCUUCGAGCAAAGUGCCCGCAGCAUCCGUCAAGAUAAACAACAGGCGACAAAGUGCUGACAGGCAAGCAGCAGCCUCCUCACACACGCACAAUUCUUUACUCUGCUGCCUGUCCACUCGCCUGUCCAACUACUACCAGUCGGGGAUUUCUUCUCCUGAAGGUCUAACCAUGGCCGCGGGAUCUGUUGGCGUCUUCGCCACCGAUGAGAAGAUUGGCAGCCUGCUGGACCAGUCCAUCACGCGCCACUUUCUGUCGACUGUGACCGACCAGCAGGGCAAGAUCUGUGCCGAGUAUGUGUGGAUCGGCGGCUCCAUGCACGACGUGCGCUCCAAGUCGCGCACCCUGUCCACCAUCCCCACGAAGCCCGAGGACCUGCCCCACUGGAACUACGACGGCUCCUCCACCGGCCAGGCCCCCGGCCACGACUCAGAGGUCUAUCUCAUUCCCCGCUCCAUCUUCAAGGACCCCUUCCGCGGCGGCGACAACAUCCUGGUCAUGUGCGACUGCUACGAGCCGCCCAAGGUCAACCCCGACGGCACCCUGGCCGCGCCCAAGCCGAUCCCCACGAACACCCGCUUUGCCUGCGCCGAGGUGAUGGAGAAGGCCAAGAAGGAGGAGCCCUGGUUCGGCAUUGAGCAGGAGUACACGCUGCUCAACGCCAUCACCAAGUGGCCGCUGGGCUGGCCCAAGGGCGGCUACCCCGCCCCCCAGGGCCCCUACUACUGCUCGGCCGGCGCCGGCGUGGCCAUCGGCCGCGACGUGGCGGAGGUGCACUACCGCCUGUGCCUGGCCGCGGGCGUUAACAUCAGCGGCGUGAACGCCGAGGUGCUGCCCAGCCAGUGGGAGUACCAGGUGGGCCCGUGCGAGGGCAUCACCAUGGGCGACCACAUGUGGAUGAGCCGCUAUAUCAUGUACCGCGUGUGCGAGAUGUUCAACGUGGAGGUCUCGUUCGACCCCAAGCCCAUCCCCGGCGACUGGAACGGCUCCGGCGGCCACACCAACUACUCCACUAAGGCCACCCGCACCGCGCCCGACGGCUGGAAGGUCAUCCAGGAGCACUGCGCCAAGCUGGAGGCGCGCCACGCCGUGCACAUCGCCGCCUACGGCGAGGGCAACGAGCGCCGCCUGACCGGCAAGCACGAGACCAGCAGCAUGAGCGACUUCAGCUGGGGCGUGGCCAACCGCGGCUGCUCCAUCCGCGUGGGCCGCAUGGUGCCGGUGGAGAAGUCGGGCUACUAUGAGGACCGCCGGCCUGCCUCCAACCUGGACGCCUACGUCGUCACCCGCCUCAUCGUGGAGACCACCAUCCUUCUGUAAGCGCAGGAGCAGCGGCACGCAGGAGCAGCAGUGGGCGAUGGUGGUGGUGGCGUUUGUGCUGGCCUGAGCGAGGGGGGGGCCACGGAAGGGCGAUCGUGGCCAAGGCGGAGGGAAGCGGCGGUCGAGCCGCGUGGUGAUCAAGGUGAGGCGUGGUGCGCGUGUUUGCAUUGACAUGCGGGCUCGUUUGGCGCCGUGGCUUGAAGCUGGAGCAAUUCCAACUGCAUUUGGUUUGCCGGGACGUGUAGCGGUUCAGGAAAGAUGGGGUGACGGCAGCGAGGACCCGCUGUGUGUUCUGGUCCAGUCUGCCAAAGGGACUUCGGACGCAGGAUGCUGCAUCAUCUGUGGCGCAGUCAACUGAUCUCUACGAAGAGCCGCAGUGCCAUACCAUUUGUCGUGUGCGUUUCGAGCCUGGCUGUGUGGACGCCGGCGCAGAGGUCGCCUGGUUGUGUGCAAGUGUAUGCCGUCGGCGACGGAAGGGAGCGUACACCGUGCGGCCAAGCGACACGGCGCUCUGUACGUGCCCGUCGUCAAGUGCAUGAGCGGAGGACCCCGCGCAGCGCGGGGUGCGUGGCAUGACGUGAGCUCUUAUUGGCUGUGCGCGACGCAUGCGUUCCCUCAUGUAGGGGAGGCGUUGCAUACAGGAACGGUCGCGGCCGUGUUUGGUGUUCAAACUGUGUUUUGUCUUGGUAUUGUGUCCUGGUUCCAACAGUGGUUGGGUGAUUGUGCACUUGAAACAUUCUUUGUGUGGGUCGGACCCACUCUGUCGUUCUGUAACACGGGAAAGCA